AUGACGUACUCCUUUGUUCGUAUUGACCAGUCCGCUGCGGACAUUUCUUCGGCUGCUGCGAAAUACAAAUCUUUACGACUCGAGGCUCUACGACAAUCACCCACCGCCUUCUCGUCAACCUUUGAGGCAGAAUCGCAAUUCUCCGAUGACGUUUGGGUCUCUCGCCUAUGCGACCCGGAGAAAGAGACAUUCAUCUGCGUCUUUGAGGAAGAGACAACCAUCGAAUGGGUAGCGCAAGUCACUCUACGCGGUCCCAUUUCGGCAGAACAAUUCAGACUACCCUCGGAGUCUGGCCAGCUUGUUCCAGCUGACGACCAGGUGGAAGAGAAGUGGCAAAUGCUGAGUCUUUAUUGCCUGCCCAACCACAGGGGAAGAGGUCUGGCAGUGAAGCUCUGCAAGGAAGCAUUCCAGUUCCUGGUGCGUCGAGAGGAAACCAAGACACCUCAUGUUCGAGUUCGCAUCAUGGUAAAAGUUGGGAAUACGGGCACGACUCGGCUGUAUAAAGGUCUAGGAUUUGAAGAUUACGGGCUUUGUACUCUGGAGGAAGCUUUCAGAGCAAAUGGCGAGGGCCAUCUGCUACCCAAAGGGAAGUUGCAAGAGAAAUACACUACGCGAGCGGGGAUUAUUAUGGCAUUGCGACUAGAUAAAGAAACAUAG